UUAUUCAUAAUUAACAAAUGGGGAGUCACCCAUUCCUCCCUGCAUCUCAUCUCAGUUCAUAGUAAAAGCAUCUCUAAGUAGUUUUGUCAGGAAUUACUUUGGAACGCAUUAAUCGAUCAAGGAUCAUACAUAUAUAUAUUAAUACAGCUGACAAAGAAAUGCAAAGUUCCAAUAGUGAACCAAAUUUGAGAGACCACUCUCAAUUUGAACAAACAUUUUCUUUACCUCCUAAAAGUAAAAUGAGUAGUAGUAAUAGAUAUGAUGAAAUAGGUGGAUCCUGUUUAGAUGGAUUAAUAUCAGAAUUAGGCGGAACGAGGCUUAAUCACCGGACAUAUUCGGAUAGCUUGUUAUCGGAGCCGCACCAGCACCAGCAGCAGGAUGUACCUUAUUGGUUGAAUGAUCUCCUUGAGGAUGACGACGAGCCUGAAGAGGGAGAGAAACCUCCUAGGAGUCAUAGAAGAUCAUCAAGUGACUCAAUAGCAUUCUUACAUAAUAGAAAUAUUCUUCUUCAAGAUUCUGAUAGGAAGGAACAUAUUAUUAAUGUAACAAACCCGCAACUCGCCUUUUUGCACCAACAACAUCCUAGAAUUGAUCCUUCGAAACGUGUCAGAAGGCAUUCAGCUCAACAGUACCGGGCGAGGAAAGUUCAAUACAUUGGAGAACUAGAAAGAAGUGUUCAAUCUUUACAGGCAGAAGGAUAUGAAGUUUCAGCAGAGCUUGAAUUUCUUGAUCAGCAAAACCUGAUAUUAGGUAUGGAGAACAGGGCCCUCAAACAACGUUUGGACAGUUUAUCUCAAGAACACUUCAUUAAAUGCUUGGAACAGGAAGUGCUUGAGAAAGAAAUCUCAAGGCUUAGAAAUCUUUAUCAACAACAACAACACAGGCAGCAGCAACAGCAGCAAAAACACAAUGGUAGAAAUCGAUCUAAACGUCAAGAUAUUGAUUCGUCAAUUGCCAAACUCUCGUUGAAGAAUAAGGGAACUGAGUCAUCACAGAAAGCCAUAUAGAUAGAUUCUCAAAAUAUGUAGUAACAUCACAGCAAAGUCAUCCAUAUAUAUAUAGUUUACAUUUUAUUCAAAUUGGUGUUGCCAUGUAUAUGUCUACAAUUAUGGACAAUAUUGGCCAUACAUUCACAGCAUAUAUGUCUUUCAACUUUUAAGUUGAGUAAAUUACAGGAUCAUUUAAUUCAAGCAAAAUUGAAGGAUAAAGUUCAAAAAGAACAUACACAUGUUCAUCAUAAAGACAAUGAUUAGAUCCAAUUUGGCUAAAGUCUAGCUAGCCAUCCUUUUCUCCUAUGAGUAGACAUAGCAAUAAACACUUCUCUCCAAUUAGAAUUCAUAAAUUUUUUCACAGCUUUCAUAUAAACGUCGUCGGUAACAUCUUCAAUCUCAUUAAGAACAGUCACACAGUUUUGUAAUUGAACAAGUGUAAUUU